AGGGUUGCGGGCGUUGAGGAUGUUGAAGAGACGAUGAUGAUGAUGAUGAUGAUGAUGAUGAUGAUGAUGGACGAGGAUGGGGAGGAAGAUUUCUGUAAGGUAAGCCUGCUGGUAGAUAUAUACAGAGGGUCCCGUAUAUAGGUAUAUAUAUAUACCCCCUACCGUAUGUAAAUGCGAGAUAGCGUGACGACGCAGAUCAAGCUACUUGCCUUUUGCAGCGUAUAGUCCGUGAUAUUUUCUCUCCGGUCCCGUUACCUCCUGUCCUGUCCUGCCCCGGAAUACAGAGGUUGAGAGCAUCAUCAACAAAUAAUCUUUCAACCUCUCGGCCCUACCCCAGUCAUGAAGAGUCUGACCAGCAUAUGCCAGCAGAAACCUUCGUGCCGCCCUAGGCUUUCUUUUUCAGCUGACUUCUUUUCAAGUCUUCAGCUUAGAGAACAAGAAGUCGGGUCCAUGUUCCUAGCAUCUGGUCAAGGCGGUCGUCAGAGCUGCAGGAGCCUCACAGACCAAUACCUUGACAACGUGCAAUCACUCACUCCACUCACAUCCAUCAGAGAGCGAGAGAAGAGCGAGAGAAGUUCCUUCCAUACGAACGAGCAAUUUCGCCUUCUCAGCUCCCUUCGCCAUGUGAUGAAUGCUGAUGCUACUGUCAUCAUCUCAUAAGGUAGCUCAUGC